CGCCGCCGGCCGCUGCCUCCACUACUGGCCUAGCCUCCCGGCGCCCCGCCUCCACGAGUCCCCCGGCGCCGUCAGCCUGCCCUUCCUCGCCAGUACGCCUCCCCUUGCUUCCCAUCCCCCACCGCCCGUUCAGCCGUCCUCACCCUCGCGGUGGCGCCUGAGUCCGAGCUUAGCGCCCUCCGAGCACGAGCAGUCUUGCCGUCUUGUUCAUUUCUGCCGGCGAGCACCGAGUGGGACGUCCUGAAUACCUGAACCCCACUGCUAAACGCCAUCAAGGUAUGAUGGCGCAGGCUUGGGCCGCGGCGGCGCUGCGCCGCUUGAGGCGUCCCCGCGAUCCCUCCGCGGCAUUUCUCUCCUCGCUCUUACAUUCUUGCCUCCUCUCAUCUGCCUCCGCGUACUCUCCGGGAGCGCCGCACGGGACGAAGCCGCCCGCCGGGGCCGGCUCUCCCAUCAGCAGUUGCAGGAGCACGUGCAGUUGGUUCGACUCCCACGGGCGGCAGUCUGCUGCGGCUACGACUACGACGAGAGCCCUGCACCACGCUCCGAGCUCUGACGGCUCUGUGGCCACCGUCUCAAGUGAGACUGCACCCACCUCGCAGUCUCAACUCUUACAUUUCAUCAAAUCCACAUUUGGGACACUCAAAGGAAAAAAUCAUUGUUGGUUGAAUGCCGUGGAGGGCAUUUGGAAAACAUUUAAUCAAGAAGGAAUAUAUCUUGUUCUGUUGUAUCAGUCACAUGAAACAUUAGACGGGGACAGUAAACAUUCAGAUGCUUUUAGAAAAUUGAAAUAUCUUCAUCAGAGGUACCCACACCUAAAUGUUUUUGCUAUGCAAUAUGGCAGUGGUAUUAGUUCCCUAGCCACUCAAAGCCAAGCAGUUCGUACAAUAAUGGAGGAAUACAUUACGUUUCCUAUCUUGUUGUCAGACAAAGAAUUUACCAAUAUGACAAAUGGUGCUUGCUACUUGCUAUUUGAAGGUUCUAAGGAUGAUAUACUCUUCGCAAAAUUGGAUGGGGACCCUGAGCCCAUGAUCAGGGGCAUGGAAGGAUUUAGUGCAUUGACUGCAGAACCUUCUGAAAAUGUUCUAGAAUCAGGAGUUCCGUGGCAGAAAGAAGAGGUUGUCAAAGAGCCAUAUGUAGGUUCUCUCAGAAACUUGUUACUUUAUCAUCCAGGUGGCCUAUCAGUUGAUGAGGACGGUGAUCGCAUUUUUAUCUCUGAUAGUAACCACCAUAGAAUAAUCAUUAGCAACGGUGAUGGUGUGAUUUUAGACUGUAUUGGAUCUUCCCCAGGUUUUGAGGAUGGUGAAUUUGAAUCUGCCAAGUUAAUGCACCCUGCUGCAUCAUUUUACCAUGCUGCUGAAGAUUGUCUAUAUAUUGUGGAUUCGGAGAAUCAUGCAGUUAGAAAAGCAGAUUUCGGAAGAAGGUUUCUGGAGACAGUUUAUCCGGUCUUCAAUAAAAAAGGAAGUGGUGUCUGGAGUUGGAUAAUUGAUAAGCUUGGUUUGACAAAGGAAGACGCUUCAAAGAAAGACGAGGCUUUAAACAUUCAAGAUUUCGAUGCUGACUCAGUAGUGUUUCCAUGGCAUUUGCUUCAAAUUUCCGAGGACGAUUUGUUAGUAGCAGCUCGCAACUUUGAAACAUCAUGGAUCCUCAGCAUGUCAACUGGCGAAAAACAGAAUAUUUUAAGAGGUAGAGCUGAAGCAAUGGAGUUGUGUCAGCAAAUGAUUGAUGAGAGGCAUGCCCUCCUUAAAGAUAUACACAUCAAUGGGUCAUCAGGUGAUAAAGACCAUUCUAAUCUGCUGGAGAAGAUCCCUUGCAAUGGACUUGUAUCGUCAAUUUCAAGAUUCCGGAAAUGCAUUCUCUUCUGUGAUACAGAUGGUCAAAGGGUUCAGAAGCAUGACUUGGAUACCAAAGAAACCUCGAUUAUUCAUUUUACAAAUGUUGGGGUUCUUGGGUUACCAUAUUGGUUUGUUUGCCGUCUCGAGAAAGUAUCUACCUGGGGACAUUCAGCUGGACAAUUUCAAGAGCAUAGCCGUAAAGUAAAUGUGCUCCCUGGAAGAUGCAACAUCAAGAUCUCUGUAGACAUCCCGGUUGAUACUGAGCUUGCCACACCUUUGGUUGAGAGCUGUAUUUGGCGCCAAGUAAGGGGAUCUGGUGCUGAGAUUUCUGAAUCUGAUGCACAAGAAACAACGUCUGAGAAGGUUGGUAUAGCACAGCAAUGGUACGAUGAAAUAGACAACCUAGCCUUUUCUGAAGCUGCUGAGGAACCUGCUGUGCAUAAAGGUGAUGAUAAACCCGCAGAUGAAAGUCACCAAGACCAGAAAUGCGUGCAUUUCACCUGCGCAGUUAACGUCAGCCCUGGGACAUGCGAGCUGGUGGCCUCUGCUGCGUUGUACCUGAAGGUUGACCGAAUGAAAGCGGACCACAAGGACCAGAAAACAGUGAUCAAGAGGAUCCUCCAGUGCCAGGGGCAUGAGGAGCACGCAGGCGUCGAGCUCCUGACAGAGAACCACAGAGACGCGAGGGAUCUGGUCAUCAUGAAGCCGGUCCAUAUAAGGCUGAGGAUGGAGUGCGCCGAUCACCCUGCUGGAACCACCAACAAGGAGACCAUCAGCACCGAGUCUAGUCUUGAGAUCAGUAUAUCUUUAGAGUAGCCAUUUCUAUUCCACUGAGGACACGAUAGUGCACGUUACGUGCUAGGGUAGAAUGACUUGUUCGUAAGAGACCGGGAUCUUGUCACUAGACAAAGAUGUUCAGCCCAUUUGAGGUAGUCUGGCAGUUGCCCUGUCUACAGAAACACAUGGCUUGGAGAUGAACAGAGCUUCAGACAUAGCGAGAAUUAAUGAAACAUUACAGAUA